AUGGACAAGCUUAAGCAGAUCCUUUCGUUACAAACCACUAUUUUUAGUAGACGUUAUAACUGCUUAAAGACAAAGAAAAAUGAUAACGACGAUUUUGUCACGUAUGCAGGCAUAGUCAAUAGGAAUUGUGAGGAUUUUCAAUUCACAGAAUUAGGACCUGAACAAUUUAAAUGCUUAGUUUUCAUUUCAGGUCUACAGGCAACUAAAGAUUUUGAAAUUAGAGCGAGAUUAUUACGUAAACUAGAAACACAUUCUACUGACAAUCCGGUCACACUACACGACCUAGUAAAUGAAUGUCAACGAAUUGUGUCACUUAAAAUGGACACGGCAUUAGUAGAGAAACCAGCGCAAUCUAACGUACAUAAAGUUGAACGCAAAAAGCAAGGUUUUUCUAAGAGCGCUAAAGACAAGUUACAAUCCAAAGCAUCAGGCAUACCAAAGUUUCCAUGCUGGAAUUGUGGUUGUAUGCACUACGCUAAAUAUUGCGACUAUCUCAAGCAUGAAUGCAGUACUUGCAAAAAGAUAGGUCACAAGGAAGGAUAUUGCAAUAGCGCCCGAAAGCCGAAAAUCAAUACCAAAUCAGAGAAAAAGUCUGAGAAGAAAUUAGACGAUCAACGUACAGCAAAAUCUAAUGUUGUCAUCUCUGUAAAUCAGAUUCAAUUUCAAAAUAAGCGGAAAUUUAUCACAGUCAAAAUUGAUGAACAAGAAGUUAAACUUCAAAUUGAUACAGCUUCAGACAUAACGCUUAUUUCUCAAGAGACUUGGCAACUACUUGGGAAACCAACAACAAAGGUAUCAUCGAUGUCAGCAUACAAUGCAUCUGGUGAUCCAUUAGAAAUAAUUCAGGAGAUGGAAUGCGAUGUCACGCUAAACGGAGUAACAAAAAAAGGGAAAUGCUACAUCACUAAAGUGCCAGGACUGAAUUUAUUUGUUAAGUCACAAUUAACAGAUGAGCAUGUUGAACAAUUAAUCACAAAAUUCCCUAAAGUAUUCAAAAAGGAGCUAGGACUAUGCACCAAAACAGAGGUAAAACUACAUUUAGUACCGGGGAUUAAACCGACAUACAUCCAGAAACGCCUUGUUUCAUAUGCUGCACUACCUAAGAUUGAUGCCGAAUUACAACGUCUCGAGAAACUAAAUAUCAUUGAGAAGAUUGAUUUUUCAUUAUGGGCAGCACCUAUUGUAGCGGUCAACAAACCUAACGGGAAAAUUCGCUUAUGUGCAGACUACUCCACUGGAUUAAAUGCAGCGUUACAGCCAAACAAACAUCCGCUACCACUUCCUGAUGACAUUUUCGCCAAAUUAGCGGGUAACAAAUGUUUCACGGUAAUCGAUUUCUCGGAUGCAUAUUUUCAAUUGGCAGUGAAUGAAGAUUCGCAAGAACUAUUAACCAUCAAUACGCAUCGCGGGUUAUUUAAAUUUAAGAGAUUGCCAUUUGGUGUCAAAUCUGCACCAGGAGCUUUUCAACAGAUUGUUGAUGCAAUGAUAGCUGACAUGCCCUUCGUUAGCGCAUAUUUAGAUGAUAUAAUAAUAUGCAGCAAGACAGCGACAGAACACAUGGAUCAUCUAACUAAACUAAUACAAAGAAUUGAGGACUACGGAUUCGCAUUAAGCUCCGACAAGUGCCAAUUCUUUACAAAGCAAGUGAAAUUCCUCGGACACAUUAUUGAUGAACAGGGACUACAACCUGACCUCGACAAAAUCAACUGUAUCAGGAAAAUGCCACCACCUAACAAUAUCAGCGAACUUCGAGCAUUUCUCGGAGCCAUUAAUUACUAUGGAAAAUUCGUAUACAAGAUGCAACAAUUGAGAGGGCCACUGGAUCAAUUACUGCGGAAAGAUACAGCCUGGAACUGGUCUCCCCGAUAUCAACAGGCAUUUGAACAACUCAAAGAGGUGUUGCAAAUGGCAGCGGACGCAUGUAACACAGGCAUAGGUGCAGUAAUAUUCCAUGAAUAUCCUAACGGCAGUCGGAAAGCCAUCUAUCAUUCAUCAAGAACUCUCACCGAGGUUGAAAGAAACUACAGUCAAAUUGAAAAGGAGGCUUUAGCACUCAUAUUUGCAGUCAUCAAAUUUCAUAAAUUAAUUUUCGGGAAGAAAUUUAUUCUAGAGACUGACCAUAAACCUUUAUUACACAUCUUCGGAAACAAAAAAGGCAUUCCAGUGUACACAGCAAAUAGAUUACAAAGAUGGGCAUGUACAUUAUUAUUAUAUGAUUGCGAGAUCAGAUACAUUUCCACGGAUUCAUUUGGUUAUGCUGAUUUCUUGUCAAGAUUAAUCAACUCACGAGCACAACCAGACGAAGAAUCAAUUAUUGCCGUAACUCAUAUGGAAGCGACAGUGAAACAAAUUCAACAAGAGUCAAUCAAGGCGCUAACAGUAACGUUUGAGGACAUUCAACAUGGAACCAAGAAUGAUUUAAUUCUUCAAUCAGUAAUCAACUACCUAAACCAUGGUUGGCCGUCAAACAAGAAAGACAUCACUGAAGACAUUCAACCGUACCACAUUAGACGCAACGAAUUAUUAAUGGUAAACGGCAGCUUAAUGUUAGGUGAACGCGUGAUAAUACCUCCAGAAUUACGCAAUAAAGUUCUUCGUCAAAUACAUAAAGGACAUCCAGGAAUGGAAAAAACCAAAGCAAUAGCAAGAAGCUACGUCUACUAG